AUUUAAAAUUCAACCAUACAAAUUAUGCUACCAAUUUGAUCCCCAAUUGUGCAGUUAGGUUUCAUCUCUUUGGUUCUUACAGUAACGCAAGCAGCGACUGAGACUGCAAUCGAAGGCUCCAGUUGAUUCGUUGUGGGCUCCGCAAUUCGCCCUUUUCAACUACGGAUAAACGCCAUUCAUCACACUGUUCGGUGAUGAAGAUAGAGCAGAAGAGGGUUUCUAUUGGGUCGAGAAAAUAGAAAUCUGUAUCUGCAAUUUGGGUCGUGGGGUUUGGUCAUUCUCUCUUCGUUUAGCGAAAGAGCAGUGAGAUGAGAUCGUAGGAGCAUAAAACUAGGACAUAGAGUUGAGUUCUUCUUCCUCGGGUAGGCGACUUCCCUUUUGUUCCCUUUCUUCAUUUUCUCGCUCUCGUUCUCUACGUGUUAGGCUAAGUCGCACUUGUUGCUAUGAAUUUGCUUCAUCUACCUCCUUGCGUAUUUAUAAUUAACUAGCUAAUCAAAGUCGGUUUGGGUUACGCCUCUACUCAGCCAUAUCCUAUCUGCAUUUGGUUGAUUUUAAAUUUCUGAAUUCUAAUCUUCGUCGCCAUAUAUCUAGUCCAUUAAGAAUUGGAUUUACAAAGUCCGUCUGGGAUUAUUUUAAUUAGUAUUAUUGUUAUCAUCAUCAUCAUCAUCAUCAUUAUUAUUAUUAUUAUCGCUUUCUUGUUCUUUUAGAUGAAAUUAUUGCUUUCCAUUAUCCUAAUGUCCAUAUCUCUAACUAUCUUGUAGAUUUCUACCCACACCUAAUAUUUCCUUUACCAUCUCUUUCCUAAAUUUUGGGUAUUUACAUAACCCAACCCAACUGAACACAAAGUAUGAUAAAGAUAUGAUUUCUAUAAUCAAUCUAAAACUUGGUGACUUUAGUUAGGAUAUCUUACCUAUUUUAUUCUCCCUAUUUACAGUGUUUUAUAUUUUAUUAGUAAAUUGUGGCGAGAUGCAUUAAUUUGGGUGUAGGUGAGAAUGUGAGUCUAGGUGUCUUGGUCAAGGGGGUUGAGAGUGAGAUAGUUCAUAUCUUCUGUAACCUGUUCUCCACAUGGUGAAUCCUGUUCCUCCUCCGUGCGUGGAUUUAGGCAAUUUGCCAAACCACGUUAAAUUUGUGCCUCUGAUUUUGAUCCUGUGUGGGAGUGAGAGAACUUUUUUUUUUUUUUCGCGCUUGUUUAUUUCGCAUCAAGUGGGUUACAUUUCUGGUUCUUAGCGGUGGAUUGAUUGCUUAGCAGCAAUGGCUUCUCCUUCUACAGUGGAAGAGCUUCAGGAAGAGCUCAAAGAUGCGGGGAAGAGGCUUCUAGAGCCCCCUUGUUCCAUUCAAGAGCUACUGUGUCGUCUUGAUAAAGUAGAGCAUCUUUUGUCCUUGGUAGAUCAAGGUCCAUCCAGAUCAAUGCUAGAUGCUCUGCAACCAGUUAUGAAGGUGCUUGUAUCUGAGGAACUAUUUAGGCAUUCGGACAUUGAUGUGAAGGUUUCAGUUGCCAGUUGCAUAACUGAUAUUACAAGAAUAACAGCACCUGAUCAACCCUAUGAUGAUGAACAGAUGAAGGAGAUUUUCGAACUGACAGUAAUGGCACUUGACAAAUUAUCUCUUGCUUCUGGUCGCUGUUAUGCAAAGGCAGUCUCAAUUCUAGAUACUUUUGCGAAGGUCAGAUCAUGCUUGGUGAUGCUGGACCUCGAAUGUGAUGAAUUAAUCAUUGAAAUGUUUCAACUAUUUUUUAACACCAUUAGGUCCAACCAUCCUUGUUCUGUAUUUCAUGAUAUGGAAACAGUUAUGACCUUAGUCAUAGAAGAGAUUGAGGAAAUUUUGUUGGAGCUGCUCAUUCCUCUUCUAACUAGUUUGAAAAAGGAAAAUAAGAAUGUUUCACCCCUUUCUUUUAAAUUGGGAGAAAGUGUCUUGAAAAAGUGUGCUGCUAAACUGAGACCUUGUCUCCUUGAAGGAGUGCAAUUCAUGGGCAUUGAUCUGAAUGAUUUUGCUGAUAUAGUCUCUUCAAUAUGCCAAGAUGCAUCUGGAAGGGAGCACUCGGAAGCUAAGGAGCUUGCACUCGAUAAAGUUUCAUCAGGAGCUGCUGGUUUGUCAAUGGAUGGGUCAUCCGGAUUGGUUAUGAAUGCUGAUGAUGACUCUUUGAAAAUGUUGGAGCAUUGUUGGAGCAAAGCUGAUGGUGCAACAAGUGAGGGUAGUACACCUAAAUUGUUGAUAAAACAACAAUUACCAAAACACAGGAAUGAACGUGAAAAGAAUGUUGAUAGUUCUUCAGAAGUCUCAGCUGCCAAAGUGUUGGCUAAAUCAAAACCUGUACAGACUAAACCUCUUGUUAUUGCACUCGAAACAUCAGAUAAGGACAGCAUAAAUGCUUCUCGAUCUCAUCAUCUGGGGUUUCCUUAUAGAGGUAUUCAUAGAACAGAUCAGCCAAGGAGGAAAGCAAAGACACCGAAUCGUUUUGUAUCAUCCAUGACUAAGGGAGAUAGCUCCCAAGAGAAAGAUUCCCAAUCUGCAAAUAACAAUUUGAUGAAAAAAUCUGAAGUUACUAGAAAUCUGAGAGCGGAACCUGCAGGGCACUUAAGGAAGAAUACAAUUGCUUUUAAAGAUAAUGUGCAGACAACUGCUGCUGCAAGGAAUGCUGUAGAUGUGGUUCUUAGUGAUAGUGAAGAAGAAAUGCAAGAGCCAAGAAUUCUGCGAAGGGUUGUUCAUAAGCGGAGUAAGAUCACUAUUAAUUCUGGGAAGCAUGCCAGAAAAGAACUUGGUGACAAGAUAUUUGAAAUGCCUCAUGAAGGGAAGAGUUACGGUGAAGAAUUGGUUGGUCGUAAGAUAAAGGUUUGGUGGCCAUUGGACCGAGCGUUUUAUGAAGGAGCUAUUUAUUCUUUCAACCCUAGAGAAAGGAAACACCGGGUAUUAUAUGCUGAUGGCGAUGAAGAAAUAUUGGAUCUCAGUCAGGAACGCUGGGUACUAAUCGGAAAAAAUAAUCCUGAGAAAGGGCAAGAGACUGACAGUCAUUCUGAUCCGUCAUUUGACAGACCAAAAAACAAGAAAGCAAAAAUACUGUCCCAGUCGUCAACAAAGGAAGAAAAUGCUUUCUCUUCAUCAAAAAACCUUUCUAGCAGUGGAGUUUCUGGGAGCAAAUCCAAAGUUCAAGGCCCAAAAUGCAGCAGCAAAUCCGAAAAUACUUCUGGUCUUGAUGCCCUUACCUUUGCUGUUGAUAAGCUGCAGCAUGAUGCAUCUGAAAGCUAUGAAAAACCAAAUGACAAGGAGCAGAAAUCCAAUGUCAAGUCAAAUGCUUCAGCACUUGAAGCAGCUAAACCAAAAAACAUACUGCACAAGGGAGUCGCCAGUGGUGAUCUGCCGGAAGGAAAAUUACAUGAUUCAGAUGAUGCCUGAGAAAAAUGACAUGGAAAGUGGAAAAACAGCAACAAAAUGGCUGAGGUCUGAGCCUCAUACAUGCAUCUUUUUUGGACUUUAAGAGAACUUCAGCUGGGUAAAAGCCAAGUACCCCGGAGGCCAAUCUGGAUCUGUUCGUCGCAGUAGUUAGUCAACUUUGUGAUCUCCAUGGCUUUGGGGCAAUUUUCUCUUAGUCCCAGAUGCACCUCUUUUUUGUAUUCAGAUGUAAUUAAGCUGCUAGCUAUGGCUAUAAUUAGAUUGCUUAUUUUUUUCGCCAUUGUUGUUAAAAGUAUUAUAAUGCUUUUAUAUGACUAUGAUAUAGUAGUUAGUAGUUACCAAA